AGUGAGCAUGUUAUUCCAGGAAGGAUGAAAAAACCUCGUACUCCUCGUUCGAUAGCUCGUGAUUCGAUAUCGCGCCGACUGAGAAGUGGCGACGGUUUGAAGAACAGCAAGACGCCAAGCACAUCCCCAAAAAAGAGAACUCCACUCAAGAUUCGCGGCAGCCCUCGAACUCCUCUGAAAGGUCGCAAAGUUGCCUCAUCAUGCGCAAGAGUGCUUGCUGGCAGAGGCCGCAAGGAAACUCCCAGGAAAAGGCGAAGAACUAUAACUGGAUCACAUGCUUCUGCAGACAAGACUGACGGCAAGUCGUCUCCGAUCAAAACUCGCUUGUUACUUCAAAAAUCUAAGCCGGUAAAUCUUUCACGAUGUACUCUCUGUAAAAGUACCACCGGUGAGCUUCAUGCAUGUAUGCAGUGCCAUAAACUAUAUCAUCUGCAGCAGUGUCUUCUCUAUCCGGCUGAUAUGGCUCACAAUGCGGAAAACAAUGGUUGGCUUUGCCCGAGGUGUAUUCUAUGCGCUAAAUGUUAUCUUAUGAUUGACGAUCCAUCAAAUGUCGAAUGCACCACUUGCUUACGCGCUUGGCAUGGUGCCUGCAAGACAGGUGGAAAAUAUGUUGAAAAACGUUGGUACUGCAGGCACUGUGCUAAUUCGUCAAGAUCUUCUGCUACACCGAUAGAUGGCACACCACGAAAGAAUUCCCCUUUUUCCACAAUGUCAUCGCCACCUGUUUUCAAUCUUGGUAGUACUCAGAAUACACCCGAGAGGAGAGGAAAGAAGAAAAAGGUUGAGAAACUGUUUUCUACCAGUGACGUUGCUUCUGUGUCGCGAGAUUCUUCAGACUCUGCAAGAGCUGAUCGUGCCAUGGCAAUACUGCGAGAACGUGACGAUCUCAACAAUGCUCUCAUCUCAGCAGACGAACAUCAGAGAGAGGCCAGUCGUAGCCCUCGAAGAAGAACAGUUUCUGAAAAGACACUAUCGCAGUUUCUGAAAGAGGAUGCGGAGCUAUUCAAACAAGCCUUGGAGGCAGAGGACUCUCUUUUAUCAGUUAAGGAAGAAUCAGAAAAGCAAAUCAAGGAGCAAUGGAUUAAUCUUGGAGGAGGAACAGACAUAAGGGUUCUCUACCCCAGUCCCUAUCCUGAGAGUAUAAAAAAUGCCCCAUUAUUUUUCGUUUGUCCCUUCUGCUUGAAGCCAAUCAGCGAGGAGCAUUCCUUUUUUGUCCAUCAGGAUCAUUGCCCUCGUAUAACACCUCCUGGUCGAGAGAUUUAUCGCGAUGAUGUCGCAUCGCUCUCACUUUUUGAAGUCGAUGGAGCAGUGGAACGGACUUAUUGUCGUAAUCUCUGCCUCCUCGCUAUGCAGUUUCUAUCCUGGAAGACGAGGCAUAACGAGAUUGCUACGUUUUUGUUCUAUGUACUUACAAGGAAUGACGAGGAUGGUUGCAGAAUUGUUGGGUAUUUUUCGAAAGAGAAGAAUCCAAGCAGGAAUUACAACUUAUCUUGUUUAAUGACAAUGCCUAAUGAGCAGAGGAAUGGUUACGGACAGCUGCUUAUUGAUAUGAGUUAUCAACUAUCAAAGUUGGAGAGAAAAGUGGGCGGACCAGAGCGACCGUUGUCCGAUCGUGGUCUUUUUGCCUACAGAAGAUAUUGGAGGUCAAGCAUACUUUGCUAUCUGAGAUCUACAAGGGACUGCCACAACAUUUCUAUAAAAAACAUGAGCCUUGCCACUCGCAUUCAUCCGACGGAUAUUGUCAACCAGUUAUUACACGAUAAUUUAUUGGUGAUGAAAGACGAAAACUACUUCUUUAGAACUUGGAAACGUGCUUUCAAACUACCACUCUCAAUGUUACGCAGGCGAGUUGUUGAUCCAGAGAAAAUCAGAUGGUCUCCCAACUUUGAUGUUACAGCUUUAGAUCCCUUCAAAUUGAAUUAUUAUGUAUGAAUGCUGUAUUUUCCGAUUGUGUUAAUUCGAUGUAAAUAGUAGAAAAAUGGGUUUAUGAUGUAUCUCGUCCGCUUGCGUUUCAUAUAUCAUCCUUAAUAAAAUAUUCUGU